GUAAACAAAAAGCUAAAUUUUAUAAUUCAGCUUGGACCGGCUGCAAAAAUUUAUAUUUUACCCAAAAAUUAACUUGAAUUUCUUAAAUAAUGCCUACCUGGAAUCAAAUACAAAUGCAACUUCGAAGUCCCAACAAUCCAGUUGUAUUUUUUGAUAUAUCUGUUGGAACCACAGAAAUUGGUCGAAUGAUUUUCGAAUUGUUUGCCGAUACAGUGCCAAAAACAGCCGAAAAUUUCCGCCAAUUAUGCACAGGCGAAUACAGACCCGAUGGUGUACCAAUGGGUUAUAAGGGCGCCAGUUUUCAUAGGGUUAUCAAAGAUUUCAUGAUUCAAGGUGGUGACUUUGUUCAUGGCGAUGGAACUGGCGUGAUGAGCAUUUACAAUGGAACCUUUGCCGAUGAAAAUUUCAUCCUCAAACACGAUUCCCCAGGACUUCUAUCGUUGGCUAACAGCGGCAAGGAUACCAACGGUUGCCAAUUCUUCAUUACCUGUGCUAAGUGUAAUUUCCUUGAUGGCAAACACGUGGUGUUUGGCCGUGUUCUCGAUGGACUACUGAUAAUGAGAAAAAUUGAGAAUGUUCCAACUGGACCGAAUAAUAAACCUAAGCUACCCGUAACAAUAAGUCAAUGUGGACAAAUGUAAAACCCAAGUGUUGUUUUUUUUUUUGUAAAUAAACAUACUUUUUUAUUUAAAUAAAAUAAAUAAAAUAUUGCAAGAGAAAGCAGAUUAACAUAAUUUUCCA